GGGCGCUGUGUGCGUAGCGGGCGCUGUUAGCGCAGCGUGCGCCCCGGCCCAGCCCGGCGCUGCUCCGGCAGCACUGAGCGCUGAAGCCGCCCGCGGUGCCCGCAGGACGGUGCAGGUGCAGAUGGGUGAAUGCAUAUCCACUACCAAUGUACAGAAGACAUGAAUUCCAGAAAAUUACUCUCAGAAACACGGAGAACAUUUCCAGCUACUAAAGCGUGCUGCCAGCAGCCAUCGCGGAUCCUCAUUGUGGAUGUCACGUCACCUUCCUGGGCCAACACUUGCUCUGUACUCUCUGAAGCUCUGGAAAACUCUCUGUGUUUGGCAUGCAGUCUGACAGGUCCCUGCCGCAUUCCCUUGCUGAGCCUCUACCUGGUACAGAACCAGCAGGAGUGUUUACUUCCCUUUGUGCACUUGAAGGAGAACUUUGCGCGAGUUCAAGCCUGUAUUUCAGAGCUCCGCUCGCUAUCAAGAGAAGGCUGCUUCCCACAGGGCGGAAUUGGAGUGGUACAGGCUGUGCAGGAUGGAUUGCAGCAGUUCAAGCAAUACAGCAGACACACGGCAGCAGGAGGCUCAGCAAAUAGCUCCGUUGAGAUCACAAUUUUGACAAGCCAAUCAGGUAAAGAAAUUGUUAAGCAGCUGGAAAGGAAGUUACAAGAUGUAGACCUUGUGAGUCUGAGAAAAAUACAAGUCAUUGAGGUUUUGAAGAGAGACUUUUUGGAGCCUGAGGAUGUGGAACAGUGCAUACCAGCAGAGGAGCCUAGCAGCAGUGAUAUUGCAAUCCUCGGAAUGGACAUUGAUCUGCAAACCAUAGAGGAUAAUGUCAUCAGCUUGGAGAUGCUGUUUAAAACAUGGCUUCAUGAUUGUGGCUCAGAGAGGGAACAUCUGCAUCUCCUCCUUCCAUCUGGAGGCCUCACCCGUGGCACCGCACCCAAGCCAAAUCUAAUGUGUCUGAAGUGUGAUUUGCAAGAAAGACUGAUUGACCCAGCUCUGCUUUCUGGGACAACUGAUGGCACCCUGAGAACAGCUGAUUUGAAUUCACCCUGCCAGAUGACAGCCUGGCCAGCUACAAUGCUAUAUAAACUCCAGGUUGUAAAAGCUCUGAAGUCCGAAGGGGUUUGUGAAUCUGUACUGUAUGGACUGCCUUUCAUCAUCAAGCCCACAAGCUGCUGGCAGCUAGACUGGGACGAACUGGAGCUAAACCAGCACAGCUUCCAUGCUCUAUGUCACAGCCUUUUGAAAAGGAAGUGGAUGCUUUUGGCCAAACAUGAGCCACAGAACAAUUGUCCAAGCUGGAACGUUGCGGUGCAUUCCUACUACAUCAUUGUCCCUUCUGACUCUGCCACUCUGCUCGUCAAGCCAGUGGCUGUCAGAGAGCUCUUGAUGCCGUCAGCCUUCCCAGCCCUCCUUGCUGAGCAACCUGAGAGAGUACAGAGCCCUAUAGAGAGUGCCCUGAACAGCUUAGAAGUGGAAGUUGCUUAUAAUCCCUUACACCUGAAAAGCAACCUCUAUAAAUACCUGAAAAGUAUGUUGUACAGACCACUGCACAGGCAGCAGCCCCAGCCCAGGGACCAGCGACCGGAGCGGCACCAGCCAAAGCAGGUACGGCUCUUGUCUUUGACAUCUUAUCUUGUCCUCCUGAUCUGCUUCCUGCAGAAGGGAAGAGGGCAGCUCCCUGAUACCAUGAUGGGACAGGGAGGCCAGCAUAUGACAGGGCAGCAUUCACUUACAGCUGUAGAAGCAGAGAGGUGA